AUGUUCUCUUGUUAUUUUUUUAGUUCAUUUUAUCAUAGAACUUUAUGUGUUCAAGAAUGGCAUAAAAACUUUAUUACAUGUCAUCGAGCAGAUGGGAAAUUAAGUGAAAAAGAUAUUAUUGAUGCUGCUAUUAAAGGAAUAGAAGAGGAAGGUUUGAAGAACGUAGAAUUCAGUAAAGAAUCAAAAACCAUAUGUGAUGAAUUGCACAAAGUACGAAACUGUGAAAAUAAAGUGGAAAUAAAACAAUGUGCUGUAAGAUUGUACACACAUAAUGGUUUGCUAUGCAAACUGGUCAAUCAAGCUCUUCGAAAGAAUGAUAAGAGAAUCUAUCGAGAUACACUUGGACCUUAUUGUUAUUUACUCUAUUCUUAUCUUUGUCUACGUUCGCCUUUUGGUAUUGAUUUUCAUCGAGGAACUGUAUAUCGUGGUGCUUGGUUACAUCCAGGU